UUUGGCUACAGUUGAAAAUGAAGAAAUAAAUCAGCAGCUGGUAAACACCUCUCAAGGAAAUUCAUUCUGGAUUGGACUGAGACGUAACAGAGACAACUGGCAGUGGUCAAGGGGGGAAAAUGUUACUUAUACCAACUGGAGUAGAGACUUCUUCUGUGCAUUUGUUCAAUCAGAUGGCUCCUGGAAUGAUGAUAUAUGCAGUAGAGAAAUGCCUUUCAUGUGUUACAAUGAAACCAAUAACAUUAAUGAGAGGUAUUUCUGGGUAAAUGUGAACUUGAACUGGAGUAGAGCUCAGAACUACUGUCACGUGAACUACACAGACCUGGUCACUAUAAGGAAUGAAGCAGAAAAUCAGGAAAUAAUGAAGAAUGCUAAAAGCUUCCCCUUUUGGAUCGGUUUAUUCAAUAACCCAUGGAAAUGGUCUGAUGGUGGGAAUUCAACAUUUCAAAACUGGGAAAACAGUCAGCCCGAUAAUUGGCAUAAAACUGAAAAGUGUGUGGAACUUAGAACUUCAGCUUGGAAUGAUGCUGCAUGUAGUGAACAGAGACCAUUUUUGUGCUACAACAAGUCCUGCACUUCACUCUCCUACACCAGCACAAACAUCUUUGUGUUAAAUUCAUUGUCCUGGGAUGAUGCUCAGAACUACUGCAGAGCAAACUACACAGACUUGGUGACUAUUGAGAACCAAACAAUGAAUGACCAACUGUUAAAUAUGACAGCAAAGAAAUACACUUGGAUUGGACUCCGCCAUGAACGUAACAACUGGCAGUGGUCUAAUGGAGAACCUCUAGCGUACACAAACUGGGAAAGGGAGUAUUUCUGUGCUGUGCUCCAGUCAGAUGGCUCUUGGAAUGACUCAGUCUGUGGAGAGGAAAAGCCUUUCAUGUGUUACAAAGGCAAGUUCAAUUAA